UCAGGGCAGCAGCAGUUACACCCUGUUUAUUCUGUGUGUUUGUGAAAGCUGCAGCUGCUCUUGAAUCACCAUCUCUGAGUUUCUCACCUGUGCAGGUGCGACUUACUGAAUCAGAAUGAGCAACGACGACUCCGUCGCCAGCAUAGAGGCCACGAUGCAGAAGGCAAAGGAAGUCAGUGAUGAGGACAAGUUGUACAGAUUCAACGGGGUGUUGUACCCGCGCAUCGUGUGUCCCGAGGAACAAUUAAAGGGUUUGCAGAACUUCAAGGCCCGAGAGGACGACAUCAUGCUGGUGGCUUACCCAAAAUGUGGUUUUAACUGGAUGGUGGGGGUGCUGAAGAAGAUCAUUGCAGAGGCCAAAGGGGUGAACAUGGAAUCCAAGAUGCCUCCGCUGAUCGAGUUUUUCGGACCAGACGCCUUAAAGGCGGUGGAUGAAGAUCCGUCUCCGAGGUUUCUGGGGACUCACAUGCACCCCGACAACAUCCCCCCCUCCUUCUACGCAAAGAAAACUAAAAUGCUGGUGGUGUUCAGGAACCCUAAAGACACUCUGGUCUCCUUCUUCCAUUUCUACAACAACAACCCGGUCCUCCCCUCCGCGAAGUCCUGGGAGUCCUUCUACUCCGACUUCAUGAGUGGAGACGUUCCCUGGGGCUCAUACUUUGACCACGCUUUGGCCUGGGAGAAGAGGCUGGACGAUCCCAACGUCAUGGUGAUCACCUAUGAGGAACUAAAACAGGACUUGAGCAAGGGCAUCCGUCUCAUGUCCACCUUCUUUGGCUACAACCUGACGGAGGCUCAGGUCCAGCAGAUCUCGGAGAGGAGCACCUUCAAAGCCAUGAAGACGAGCUCCGCCAACUCGCACGCUCUGGGAGAUGUCGUGUUCAGAAAAGGCGAGGUCGGGGACUGGAAAAACCACUUUACACCAGAACAAAGCAAAAAGAUGGACGACGCCUUCAACAAACACCUGGCAGUAACCAGGCUGGGAGCGAAACUCGACUACCAGCAGCACUGUCAGUAGGAAGCAAGGAGGCAGGAGAGGAGGAAAGGAAAGGAGACUAUGUAGGAGAGGAGCUCCUACAUACUUUUCUGCCCUGAGCUGAGUCACACAGUCCUCCCCCUCAGACAUUGCACUCAUUUUUCUUCUGAAACAUUUAAUUGAUGCAGAAAUUCGUCGGAGGCUGUAAACUGAUCGGGAAAGCUGCCUGGGAGACGCAGCUCAGGGCUUUAAGUAAUAUUUAAGCUUUGGUGCCCCCCAGUGUUGGCAGACUGCUACAACAUCUGAGUGAUUUAGAAGAUGAUUAUAUACAAAUUCAACAUUUUAUAGUUACUUAUAAAAUUGUUGCCAGAGCACAGAGUAGAAUUAAACCUAGUUGAUGAAUUUUUGUGACGAGAAAAAUGAUGUUGAUGUGUUUUAUGUGUUUUUGGAAAUUGCUUGCUGUUUUCUGCAGCUGACUGUUUACUGAUUUAUACUUUCAAAAUAAAUUGAUUUCAUUGCGCAUUUAUUUGCUUAUUUGUCCCUUUCUGGCAAAUUGUGUCAUGUUUUAUUGGCUGUGACCUGUACAUCCACUCUGAUGAAGAGAAAUACUCCAAAUACACUGGCAUCUACGUUUAUGAUUUACCUUUUUGAAAGUCUAAUU